AUGUUUGAUAGGUUCGGCUAUGACAUCAUCCACUUCAAUGUUGCAAAAGGCGGCCUAGUGGGGUGCAGACGGGCAGCUGGGCGGCCAGAACCUCCUUGUCUUUUACCACCGCGCUGUGGCACGACGGCGACGUGGGGCGGUUUGGAAGAAGCAAAGCAGAAGCUACGUGAGUUUUACUUUGAGCAGCUCUUGUUGCGACCGAAGCCGGAGAAUCGAACCCAGAAAGGUUGGCAGAACAUCCUGGAGUCAGCUCGCUUGAGUUUGGAGCCCAAGCUGGAUAGACUGAGCAGGAUCGAGGACGUUUUCGCUUUGGCUGAAAAGUGUUUGAACAAGAACCCGAGCAUCUUGGAAGAUUUUCGGUUCAUCGCAACAGAGAACGUGUGCCGUGAAGCUGUAGAGUGGAGUGCUCAAGAGAACUUUGUGCACGCGACUGAAGAGGGCAAGACGUUUGAGCGUGACCUGGAGAUCUUGUCUAGGUUGGACCAAGGCAAGAACACCGGAGCGAACGUGUUCGAGCAGUCGCUGGAGCCUCAAAGUGAACCACUUGACCUGACCGAGACCAGUGAGCCACCACCAAAGAGGCUGAAGUUCGAGAUUUUGGAAGCCUUAGGCAACAUGGUGAUGCAGGGCCAAGAGCAGAAUCGUUCUUUCAUGGGUUUGUUUCAGUCCAUGUCCAUUGAGCAGCAAAGACAGUCAGAAGAAUUGAAAGAAGCGGUCACUCACCUUGGUUCCAGGAAGGAAGCUCCGACGGGGUGGACGAAGUUCAUCCCUCGACCUGACCCUUUCAAGCCCAAAGACCGAGAAGAAGAGCUAACGCAAUGGCAAGAUUGGAGUUGGAGCUUCAAGCAGUGGAUCCUUGCAAUAAGCCCUGAGAUGUAUACUGCGAUUGAAGAGGUAGAGCAGGAUUUGAGUUCGCCUUGUGAAGAAGCCACUAUGACCGACGAUGCCAUCCUACAGGGAAAGCAGCUGUAUGCAAUCCUCACGAGCAUGCUUCGGGAAAGGCCUCUCCAAAUCCUCAAGAGUGUCACCGGUGCCAAUGGAUUCGAGACAUGGCGUGUGCUAAACAAUGUGCUGGCACCCACCAAUAAGACACGAGCGCUUGCACUUUUGGGAGCAAUCUCACAGUUUCCGGCAAUGAAUCAAGGGAAUCUCUUGGAGCAGGUGCUACGUCUGGAGGACCUCUUCCGCAAGUACGAGCAGGCGUCGGGAAAGCCAGUUCCGAAUGAGAUGCAGAGUGCAAUCUUGUUGCGUGUUUUGCCUCAGCAAGUUCGGUCACACUUGACAAUCACCAUCGGGGACGAUUCCACGUAUGAGAGCAUGAGAGACAUGAUCCUUCGGUGGGAGCGUUCUACACAGAAGUGGUCUUCGCAAAUCGUGACAGGAGGGGCACCGCAGAAACCUUCGUAUGAUGAUCCGAACGGCCCGAGCCCCAUGGAUGUCGAUCGUGUGAAAGGAUGGCCUAAAGGAAAGGGCAAAUGGGGUAAAGGGGCUGGCAAAGGUGGUGGCAAAGAUGGAGGAAAGUAUGGAGGAAAGAACGGCAAAGGCAAAGGUGGCAAAGGAAUGAUUGGAGCAAAGGAGGAAAGGACAGAGGAAAGAAAGGAGGACAAAGUUCGAAACGUCAACCAGAAUGAUACGUCGUCCGCAUCGGGGAACAGUUCGUCCGCAUCGAGCUCAAAUUCAUCGACCGGAACAGCAAGUGUGAAGCGUGUGUUUGAUCUUGCAGACAGUGAUCGACUCGAUGUCCCGAUGACAACGGUCUAUGAGAUGGACAGCGAGGGUUCAGAGUCGUAUGUGUCAGACAAUGAGUCAUGGUGGUGCAGAGUGAUCGAACAUUCCAUGGUUGAUGGUGAGGAUGAACUAGAAGUCAUCGACUUUGCUUGGGAGACGUACGACGUCGUGGACAUGAGCUUAGAUGAUGCAUUGCUUGGAGAUGAAGAAUGGGUUGCACAUGCAGAAGUAAGAGGGAUCAGCAGCAGGUCUGACGAGGGCUACAGCGCUCUCUCUGAAGGGCUACCUCAGGAGGUGGUCUUGGAUUCAGGUGCUGACCUCAGUGUGAUGCCCCGAGCAUGGUUGGAAGCAAAUCUUGGAGACAGGGGUUCGAGUGCACCAGUUCGAAUGGUCGACGCCCAAGGGAAAGAGAUGAGGAACCAUGGUAGCAGGAAGAUCACCUUGGACCUAGGCCCAGCGAUGAUCCAAGAGGAGUUCUACGCGUCCGAUGUUGGUGCGCCCCUGAUCUCACUAGGGAGAUUGCUGAAGAAAGGUUGGAGCCUCGACCACAGGAAUGGACUCCUGCAUCUGUGCAACGAUCCCGAAGAGAUAGAAGUGCCGGUCUCAUUCCGAAGGAAUAGCCUUGUGGUUGAUGCCAGAGUGUUCAUGGUCCGGGAUGAUGAGGUGAAAGUCCGCCUCGAUCCUUCAGAUGACAUGUCAGUACAUUUGUGGAAGUAUCGCACGACUUUGGUGUUCAGACAGGAAGCGUGGGAGCUUGUGGACUUCCAGGAACCCCUGGAAAGCGUGGAGAACCUGAGUGAGGUGAUUGAACAUGGCGAUGCAGCAGUCCUGAUAUUCACCAUCAUGCAUCGUACGAAAGGUGACCCCGAUCACUACGGCCUCACGCUCAUUGCUGAAGCUGGAACUUCCGAGGCAGAUGAAGUGAAAGAUUGGCCAGUUGAUCUUGAUCUGUAUGCCGAAGAGAUGAGCGUAGCUGACCCGCAUGAACAAAUGUUGAUGAGCCACUCAAAGAAGAGAGCACUGGAGGAUGCGAUGGCGCUGGAGAAUGCGGCGAAACCUCAUGAACAUCAACCACGUGGAGAGCGACUUCCUAAGCAACCAACUGCUGAUGAGAUUGCCGAGCAUGAGCUCACUCAUGUACCGUUCAAGGAAUGGUGCAGCUACUGCGUGAGUUGCAGAUCGAGGAGAGAUGCUCACCGCCAGGAUGGAGAACAACAUGACACCGAUGGCGGGGACCCAAUCAUUGCAUUCGACUUCUUUUACACCGAUGUCACGGGAGGUGAACUAGACUUCAUGCGAAGUGCUCCUAAGGACAAAGAUGCGAUGGUUGUGGUGGUGGCUGUGGACAAGACGACAGGAAUGUCAAGAGCCAUACCCCUAGAGUCGAAAGGUGACCAAUCACUGGUGUAUGCGGCGAAAGAAAUCUUAGGCUUCAUAUCCUAUCUGGGAUAUCAAGGCGUGGUGAUCAGGUCAGACAAUGAGCCUUCUGCAACAGCCUUGACCAAGAUGAUUUGUCACUCCAGGACGAAGUUGGGUUUGAAGACUGUGGCGAGACCGUCACAACCUCAUGAGCAUGCAACAAAUGGAAUGGCAGAGCAAUGUGUCCAGAACAUUCGAGAUCUAGCGGCAACUUUGUUGGAACAGGUGAAGGCUCAAUCGGGAACGGAGAUUCGGACAAGAGAUGAGAUUGCAGGCUGGGCGUAUGUGCAUGCCUCAAUGCUUCAGAACACGUUUGCAGUCAGAGCUGGAACGACUUCGUUCGAGAAGGCAUUUGGCUUGGCCUACAAUGGGAAGUUGGCAUGUUUCGGCGAGGUGGUCCUGUUUGCGUUGAGUCAAGGCCAUCGAAAGAAAGGACGCCCGAAGUUCGUGAAAGGCCUGUGGCUUGGAAAAUCGCUGGUGAACGACAUGCAUGUGUGUGGAACAGCGCUUGGUUUGUACCUGUCAACAACAGUCCGGAGGCUGAAUCCACAGGAAAGGUGGAGCAAGCAUAUGUUGAAAGAAUUCCAAGGCAAACCGUACAAGUUUUCGUUGAGCAGCCUGGGAAAAGUCGUGAUUCCUGCUAUGAAAGACAGGACAAAGCCGAAUGUGGUACCGGACAUGCCAGUGAUGCCAAUGGAAGGACCAAAGGAGGCAGCGUUGAAGGCACCAGAUGAGGCAGGAUCUGACUCUUCAAGUUCAUCAUCGCAGUCAGGUGCAAGACAAUCUAGCAAUGAAGAGCCAGGAGGGGUUUCGACACCAUCGUCACAGCAUGCUAGCUCAGCCCUGUCGGAAGGCAGAACUGGUGAUGGCGUGCGAGAAGAGAUGGACAUCGAGGCAGGAACAGGACAGAAGAGAUCUGAGCCCGAACCAAGUGACAAGGAAGAAGAUAAGCGUGGAGAAAAGCGACCGAUGCCAGAGGAGAAGAACGUCCCGCUGAACGCACCUCCACUUUAUGCUGGGAGCUCAUCACCACCGAAGACCUCAAGGGUUUCAACCGUGAAAGUUGCAGAUGCUGAGUACUACACAUUGGAUGAGCACCUAGAAGAGGAGUGGGGUGACAUGGAAGAGUGGGAGAUUUGGUCUGAGGUAGAAGAUGGAGAAGAGAGCAUUGAUUGGGGAGAGCUUUGGCGUAACAGGACUGAGAAUGAGGGGCCUCCAGAACUGUCGGAACACGAGAUGGACCAAGUAGACGCUGAGAGCAGGAAGACCGAAGUGAAGCGACUCCUUGACAUGGGAGUGUUGGAGCCCCAAGAUGCUUUCCUCGAGGUGAAGCAGCGUCAAGAGCUGUAUGUGAUGUUGGACGGCCUCCCGUAUAGAGUCCAUCGUUGCUUGCCAGGACAGCAGGCAGCGUCUGCGUGGUGGGGCGAACAGCUGGCGGCAGACCUGGCUACAGCUGGCUUGGUACCAGAUGAAGCAUGUCCUGCAGCGUUUGGACAACCAGGUUUGGGUGCAACAGUUCAUGUCGAUGAUGGCUUGCUAGCUGGAACCCCAGAGAACACGCGAAAGGUAACUGAGAUCCUGGAGAAGAAGUACAAGUUGGAAGUCUCAGAACCCGUGAAGAACAUAGGUGAUAGCCUGAAGUUCUUGAAGAAAGAGUUGCUAAUCACAGAGUCUGGCAUUGAGGUGCGAGUCGACAAGAAGUACUUGGAGAAGAUUUGUGGGGUGUUGGAUCUGAAGAGGCCAAGAUUAAGGAAAACACCGUGCAGUCCAGAGAUUGCCAAGAUAGAUGAAUCAGAACCCUUGCAGGAGUUGGAGGCUUCGAAGUUCAGAGCGGCAGUCGGAAGCUUCCUGUACCUCAGCCCAGAUAGACCAGAUGCCCAAUGGACCAUAGCGCACUUGGCAAGGUCGAUGAGUCGGCCAACGAAGCGUAUGUGGAAGCAUGCCUGUCACCUAGCAGAGUACCUGUUGGCCACAGCUGAUGUGUGUCUCACGUUGGCAUGGACGUAUCCGGGAAGGUCAAGUUUGGAUGAGAGAAAGCUCAGUCGAGAGGAGGCAACAAGGCUGCAAGUAGAGAACAGUGGCAAACCUGAUUUGGUUGAGGGCAUGAGCGAUAGUGACUGGGCUGGACAUUGGACGAGGGUGUCAUCGACGUGUGGCCACGUCUACUUGAAUGGGAACGCGACCUUCAGCUUCGUGAGGAAGCAAGGUACAAAGGCGCUAAGCUCAGAACGCUAUGGAUUCCUGAUGUCUCGCCUGGGCUAUGGUGGCUUCGAGUGUCUGAGCAAAAACAAGCAGAAGUAUGAGCAGAUGAAUGCCAAGGUGAUUCGUUUGCUGGUGAUGAUGGAUGCAAUGAGAACCGCAAAUGGAGCAGAAGCCUUUGGAAGAGAUCGUGAGCUUGAGCAAAGUGGCAUCACGAUUAUGAGCGCCUUGAGCCUGGAGAUCAAGGUAAACCAAUGGGGUGGUGUUCUCCUGGUGGCUGCGGGCUUGGUGAUCCUGAUGACCGUGCUGUACAUGGUAUGGCAAAUGGCAUGGAAGGAGAAUGGGAACAUGAGCCAGAUGAAGAAGGUGAACCACCACUAUGUGAACCAGAUGAACCUCUACGAGCAGAUGAACCUCGACGACCAGAUGAACCUCGGCGACCAGAUGAACCUCGACGACCAGAUGAACCUCUUCGAGCAGAUGAACCUCGACGGCAAGAUGAACCCCAAGUUCGAGUACAAGCUCAACCUGUGCAUCAAGGUGGACAUGGGUGGAAUCAGAGACAAGCACAUCGUGACGGGCGACAUGUUCGGUUGCUCACUCGUGAGCAAGCAGUCCGUGAAGGAUACGAAGGAUGCAGGCAAUGCAACCCGUGAUGAAGACCCAGAUGGAGCGAGAUGA